ACGGCGGUGAUGUCACAUGAGUUCCCGACUUCUCUCUGUCCCAACUGACACAGGAACUUCUACAGACGUGUAAAUCAGAACAUUGGUAGGCAACCUGUCUGUCUACAGAGACUAGUGGCCAGAGGGAAUCACAGUCUGACUACCUGAGAGAAUCCCAAAGAAUCCCAGUCUGACUAACGGACAGAAUCGCAGAGUAUCACAGUCUAACUACCUGAGAGAAUCGCAGAGCAUCACAGUCUGACUACCUGAGAGAAUGCCAGAGAAUCCCAGUCUGACUACCUGAGAGAAUGCCAGAGAAUCCCAGUCUUUACUACCUGAGAGAAUCCCAGAGAAUCCUAGUCUGACUACCUGAGAGAAUCCCAGAGAAUCCCAGUCUGACUACCUGAGAGAAUACUAGUAAAACCAGACAAUGAAUAACACUACCUGUUGGCUGCUGACCCCUGCUGUGUUGGAAAAUCAAAUGACCUCCCCACUACGUGUUGGCCAAUCCCAGAGAAUCACAGUCUGACUACCUGACAGAAUCCCAGAGAAUCACAGUGUUGGCCAAUCACAUGACCUCCCCCCACUGUGUUGGCCAAUCACAUGACCUCCUCCCACUGUGUUGGCCAAUCACAUGACCCAGAGUCUUCAGGUAGUUUAUUUUGGUCCACACAGAGCGGAGACAAAGACUUACAGAGGGACGGUCCAUCCAUCCUCUACCGGCUCCAGGGUGGUAUGUAACCUUCCCAGGCUGAACACCCACACCCUGACAGUGGGCACAGCACCGGGCACAGCCCCCCCUACUCUUCAGAGACUGGUGGAGGAGCUGAGACCCCUGGUCAGGGUGAGCUGUGAACCCCUGGGUCCACCCUAACACUACUCUACCCCUGGUACCGUACCACCCUAACACUACUCUACCUCUACCCCUGGUACCCUACCACCCUAACACUACUCUACCCCUGGUACCUUACCAAACUAACACUACUCUACCCCUGGUACCAUACCACCCUAACACUACUCUACCCCUGGUACCAUACCACCCUAACACUACUCUACCCCUGGUACCUUACCACCCUAAAACUACUCUACCCCUGGUACCUCACCACCCUAACACUACUCUACCUCUACCCCUGGUACCCUACCACCCUAAAACUACUCUACCCCUGGUACCUUACCACCCUAACACUACUCUACCCCUGGUACCUUACCACCCUAACACUUCUCUACCCCUGGUACCUUACCACCCUAACACUUCUCUACCCCUGGUACCUUACCACCCUAACACUACUCUACCCCUGGUACCUUACCACCCUAACACUACUCUACCUCUACCCCUCGUACCUUACCACCCUAACACUACUCUACCUCUGGUGCCUCACCACCCUAACACUAUUCUACCCCUGGUACCUUACCACCCAAACACUACUCUACCUCUACCCCUGGUACCUUACCACCCUAACACUACUCUACCUCUACCCCUCGUACCUUACCACCCUAACACUACUCUACCUCUGGUGCCUCACCACCCUAACACUAUUCUACCCCUGGUACCUUACCACCCAAACACUACUCUACCUCUACCCCUGGUACCAUACCACCCUAACAAUUCUCUUCCUCUACCCCUGGUACCUUGUUACCUUACCAGGAACAGCAGAACCAGGGAGGAGAGGAGGAGAGCACAGUAGGAAGUGGGGAGGAGGAGAAAGACACAGAUCACAGAGAUCCACCUGUCCUCAGUGGAGUCACAGCAACAACAGAAGACAUGGGACACACUCAGUCCCUGGAAGACGUGGCCAACUCAGAUCCCUCAGACACAGACCUGAAGGAGUGUCUCCAGGAAGGUAAGAGCUGUGUGGGGAGGGAAGCAGACAACUGUCAGGAGGGCUGUUACACUGUUCACCCAGAGGACCAACCUGCAGACUGCUGUCAGGAGGGCUGUUACACUGUUCACCCAGAGGACCAACAUGCAGACUGCUGUCAGGAGGGCUGUUACACUGUUCACCCAGAGGACCAACCUGCAGACAGUGAAUGGUUAACCACAACAGACUCUAUCCCCACCAGUAUGGGUCUGUCAGACUCUGACCCCUCUCCCCUGUCAGACCCUUCUACCCUGGACAAUGGACAGGACAUGCAGGAGGGUACAGCUGCCUCUGUGAGAUCAUGUCCUAUAGAGAUAGAGGGCCUCAGUGAGGGUGAACCUCCACUGGAACAAAGUAAUAAAACAGCUUCUGCUAGGGCUGGGGAGGGCUCUGGUGGCUCCACAGAGGAACAGUUUCACCCCUCUGAGAAGGGCAGCCACGGGGCUCAGGAAACUGGACUCCAUUCUGGGGACUGUGAUUAUAGAGAAAUGGGAGAUGCCUAUGGCCCUGUAGAAACAUCUAUGGACCAUGCAGCUGAGAUCUCAGCUAUCAGUGGCUCUAUGGACAGUACAGUAACCGCAGUAUUAAACAGUGGAGCGUUGCUGUUCUCAGGAAGUGGGCCUGCUGAUAGAGAAUCUGCUGAUACACCACCAGAACCCCUGUUAGAGCCUGAACCCCUGUUAGAGCCUACACCACCAGAACCCCUGUUAGAGCCUACACCACCAGAACCCCUGUUAGAGCCUACACCAACAGAACCCCUGUUAGAGCCUGAACCCCUGUUAGAGCCUGGACCCCUGUUAGAGUCUACACCACCAGAACCCCUGUUAGAGCCUACACCACCAGAACCCCUGUUAGAGGCUACACCAACAGAACCCCUGUUAGAGACUGAACCCCUGUUAGAGCCUACACUACCAGAACCCCUGUUACAGCCUACACCACCAGAACCCCUGUUAGAGACUACACCAACAGAACCCCUGUUAGACCCUGAACCCCUGUUAGAGCCCUACACACCAGAACCCCUGUUAGAGCCGACACUAGAGCCCUACAUACCAGAACCCCUAUUAGAGCUGACACUAGAGCCCGCAAUAGAGCAUCACUCAGAGUCCUCAUCAGAGCCUCAGUCAGAGCAGGUGUUCGAGGGGGAACUGCCACUAGAGGGCAGUUACAGACAGGGUGACAGAGAAGGUGAGAGACAGGAUGUCAGACAGGGCAAGCCCAUAGAGGCUGGUGACUCUGGCCUCAGAGCUGAGAUCAUGGAGGGUGUGUUAGGGUCAGAGGUAACAGAGGGGAGAGUGUCUGUACCUGCAGACCUCCAGACAGACCACCAGACAGACUUGCAGGACAGUGAGCCCCCUCCAGAGGACAGGGAUGGGACUACCCCCAUGGAUGGAGACCUCCCGCCCCCAGAAACAGGCUCCAACUCUGGGGGAGCAUCUGGUGGGGCAGGUGGAGAGAAGGAUGGAGAGGAGGGUGGAGAGGGUGUAGAGAUGGAGAUAACGGCGGUCCUACAGAGACCUAGUGAGGCCCCCUCGGUUCUAGGGGAACACAUUGGAGACCCCUCUGACAGGACAGUGAAUCAGGAGUCCUGUGGCACCAGGGCGGAGGAGGGGUCAGGACACUCAGAAAGUCAACCUGCUACAGACCAAGCCCUCAACCUCAACCCCUCUGUAACCCUCGACUACUCUGUGACCCUAACCCUGACCCUUGACCCCUCUGUGACAUGGUCAGACUGUGGAGAUGGAGAGGAUGUCACUGCUGUAGUGGUGUCCACAUAUACAGGGGAUGUCCCACCUAACAGUCCAGUGUCACCUGAGAACAUACCUGAGAACCUACCCGAAAACCUACCCGAGAAUCUACCUGAGAAUCUAAAUGAGAACGCACCAGAGAAUGCACCUGAGAUCCUACCUGAGAUCCUACCUGAAAUUCUACCCGAGAACCUACCCGAGAAUCUACCUGAGAAUCUAAAUGAGAACGCACCAGAGAAUGCACCAGAGAACGCACCUGAGAUCCUACCUGAGAUCCUACCUGAGAUCCUACCUGAGAACCUAACUGAGAACGCACCUGCGAACCUACCUGAGAUUCUACCUGAGAUUCUACCUGAGAUUCUACCUGAGAACGCACCUGAGAUCCCACCUGAGAUCCCACCUGAGAUCCAACCUGAGGACCUACCUGAAAACCUACCUGAGAUUCUAUCUGGGAACCUGCAUGAGAUCCUACCUGAGAAUCUACCUGAGAACCAAACAGAUGCUGUCUGUUCUGCAAGUCACCUUACUGUCCCUGUUGAAGACUGUCAGAGUGUGAGUAGUUUCAGCACUACUCUCCCAAAAGACUCAGACAGCGACACUGAGAGUGUCUUCAGCACAGGAGAGGACAGUGUUUUCAACAAGGGGGAUGAUACGGUGAUGGGGGACAGCACCAGUGAGGUGUCUGUAUCCUGUUCCUCCACAGAUGACACGGCCAGCGGGGGUCCGACCAGCUCCAGCCCAGAGAGCUGUGUGGAGGGGGGCCUGGGGGAGAGGGGCUGCAGGGACCACGGCCGCAGCUGGAGCCCUGUAGAGGGCCACACACAAGGGCCCACGGCAAGAGAAGGUCCAGGAGGAGAGGCAGAGGAAGAGGUGAAGGAGGUGCCACGGCGCCCAGCUAAACAUCGUCCCAGCAUCAGGUCUCUGUCCUCGUUCAGACGCCACAGCUGGGGAGCAGGGAAGAACACAGCAGGAAACGGAGACAUGAACCAAUGCAGGGCCACACAAAGUCCCGGGGAAGGAAAGCCAACGUUUCACAGGAGAAGCUACAGCCUGGAGGGUCUGAGUGAAGUAAGUGAUGAUGGGAAGUCGGCCCUGGGCGCCAUUACCCAGGAGGCCAGGCUGCGUGGAGUGGUCUGUCACCAGGGCAGCAACGAGGAGAGGGUCAGGUCUCUAGAAUCUCUGACAGAAGAACACCAAUCUGAGCUGGGGGUUCGUACCACGGAGCACGGACAGAAGUCCAGGAGGUAUCGUCCGUUGAGACACAGCUGUCCUCCCAUGACACUCCCCCUGACCAAGUCAGUGUCCACGCUCAGAGUCAACCAGAGAGACAUGGAUAGUUCCAGGUCAUUCUCCAGCACUUCUGGCUCUCUGGCUUACAGUAUAUCUGAGGAGGACAUAGAGGGUCCCCUGAGGACUGACUUUGAUGGGAAGAGUGGAACCAAGGUUAGCCGAACCUUCAGCUACCUCAAGAACAAGAUAUACAAGAAGACCAGGCAGCUAGCCAGUCGCUUUAACGGGCCAACAGCUUUAAUGACAGACCUCAGCAACGACCAGCAGCUAAGACAGACCUCAGCCACGACCAGCAGCUAA